CUAAACACGAUUUAACCGUCUGGAAUCAGACCUGCGGAGACGGCCGGAGACAGCGGCAGAGGGAAGAGGCCAGUUGUUACCAGGGAAACCGUGUUUGGCGAACACGGCAGAUAAACUGUGGCGGUGUCACUCUGACUAAUAAUAAUUUCUAUUAUCAGCGCUGAAUGUUUAGAUUAUCAUGUAAAUAAGGGGCCGUGCGGGACGGAGGCAGAUUGGAGCUGAAGGCUGGUGAAUAGAAAAUAUGAGCAAUCAGGCCACGCCGGUUUGUCCCAGUAACUCUGCGGUGGAGUAUCUCCAGGAAGGAAGUAAAACAAUGCUUCCUCUUGCAUUAUUAUAAGACUAUAAGAUGUGAGCUUCGACAACACAAGUAAACCGGCCAAUCAAUGCAGCGGUUAGCAUAAAAGAGUCCUCGAGGAAAGGAUGGGCGCCAGUGAAACCACCUUGUCUUGUCGGGUUGUUUCCAGGCCACUGACCAAAUAAGAAGCCUUUCUUUGGAAGGAUCAAACGUUCCCUGCGCAGCGCCACAUUUAUCCCCACAGUCAGAGUCAAGGACAUAAUGUGACACAUCUCAAUCGCUGACAGUUGUGUGAGAAAACCUCUGAAGGCAACAUGCAGGAGUGCGAUACCGGGCUGUGUCUCUCUGUCUACAUCAUUACCUUUGUGCUGGGCUUCCCCACCAAUCUCCUUGCCUUCUACACCUUUUGGAAGAAAGUGAGGCAGAGGCCCACGCCCAUCGACAUCCUUCUCCUCAACCUGACCAUCUCCGACCUCCUCUUCCUCCUGUUCCUGCCCUUCAAGAUGCACGAAGCCAGGAACGACAUGAAGUGGGACCUGCCGUAUGUCCUCUGCCCCGUGUCGGGCUUCGUCUUUUACAUGACCAUCUACAACAGCACCUUCUUCCUGACCGCCGUCAGCGUAGAGCGGUACCUGGGCGUCGCCUUCCCCAUCAAGCACACCCUGAAGCGUCGGCCCGUUUACGCCGUCGCCGCCAGCGUCUUCUUCUGGAUCUUUUCCUUCCUCCAUCUGAGCAUUGUAUUCAUAGUGCCGUUUAUUGGACGAGAACCCCCGAUUAAUUCCACCGUCACCUACGUUGAACCCAAGAAGGUGUGUUAUGAAAAUUUCACCGAGGCCCAACUCAAGGUGCUGCUGCCCGUGCGUUUGGAGCUCUGCGUGGUGCUUUUCUGCAUCCCCUUCCUCAUCUCCAGCUACUGCUACAUCAACUUCAUCAGGAUUCUGUCCAGGCUGCAGCACAUCGACCGGCGCCGGCGCCUGCGAGCCAUCGGCAUGGCGUUGGGAACGCUGCUCGUCUUUGCCCUGUGCUUCGGCCCCUACAACGUCUCGCACGUCGUGGGCUUCAUCAACAACAAGAGCCCCCAGUGGCGAAACAAAGCCCUGCUGUGCAGCACCUUCAACACCUGCCUCGACCCUUUUAUUUUCUACUUCUCCUCCUCCGCUGUGAGAGGAACUGUCAGCAAAUUGCAGCAAGGGGUUAAAAGUCGCCUCUGCAGGUGUGUGUCCUGUCACAUGCUCCAAGCCUUGUGCGGGGGAGCUAACAAGACCGAGAAAGAUAAGGAACACAAACAAGAGGAGAUCAAUGCUAUCACAGCUGACAGGAAGAGGACUGGGAGCAGCAGCCUCAACUAAUUUCUUCAUCCCCGCGAGCAGGAAAUUAAUGCCACGUUUAUGUUUUUACUCGCGUGAAAAUGACUUUGCUGUGUACACUGUGGCGGGGGUUUGUUUGACUCUCCGAUGAACUUCUGAUGUGAGGCUGGCUUUUGUUUGCCUGAGCAAGCCACGGCAAUUUUUAAAGCCAGCGUAGUGUGUAAAGCUGCAGAGACAGGCCCGCUUUGAACUGUCACAUGAAAUAAAAAAAGCAUUCCUUGCAUUAAGUAGCGGGGUUUCAUAAUAACCCCCAUAAUGCAGUGGGGUGUUGUGAAGAAGUGACAUGGAGAUUGCAAAAAGGCAGCACCUAAGCAAUAGCUUCAACUGUCUUUUUUCUUGCGAUGAAACGCAAACCUUGUUUUUGUUUUAUUUUUUACGUUGGGGUGGGAGGGGGUGGGGGUGAUUUGCAGCUUUAUUGAAAAAAGCAGCACGUUGUCAGUUUGUGUUCAUUAUGCGUUCAGCUUUGGUGACCUUUUCAUGCAGAUUAUACAUUAUGUUUCUACUGUGUACUUCAAACGUAAACAUUAUUUUUCAUACAUGAAUCAUAUGAAAAGAAUUUUACAUAACCAUGACUCAGAGUGUUCUGUAAAAAGAUCAGCCAUAUAAAGCUGGUGUGCACAUGUGUGUGUGUGUGUGUGUGUGUG